AUUUUUAAUAUUUAUGUUAUAUAUUGGGAUCCAGAAAUAAUACAAGAUGUUCUUUUCCAUAAUUAAUAAAAUUAUAGUUCUAGGAAUAUUGAUUUUAAUUGUUCCUACUUAUGGCAAUCAAAACACGUAUUUGAAAGCUAGAGAUCCUCAAGUAAGCGCUGGAAUUACGCCGUUUAAGGAUUUUGCUGUUAAGGAAGAAGAAAUCGUUGCUUAUAUUUUGAGAGAAGAUUAUAAAGAUAAAAAUAAAUGCAAAUCAAAGCUUAAUGAAUAUUGUAAAGAAUUGAAGGGAAUAGAUUCAGAAUUAAAUAAAGUUCAUAGUAAAGUUAAAGAAAUUUGUGAAAAUAUAGAUAAAAAAUGCAAAGACAUGAAAGAAAAAGUUGAAAAAGAAUUGGAAGCUUUUAAAGAAGAACUUAAUAAAAUAAGACAUGUCAUAAGUGAAGAAAAAUGUGAAGGACAUCAACAAAAAUGUAUACUUUUAGAAGACACGGGUUAUAGUGAUGAUAUUAAGAAGAAGUGUCUCAAGUUAAGGGAAGAAUGUUACAAAUUGAAGCGUGAAAAGGUGGCAGUGGAGCUCCUUUUCAGGGCUCUUGGAAAAGGUGCUAAAGAUAGUGAAAAAUAUUCAGAACAAACUGUUAAAUGUAAAGAAAAGUUGGGAAAGAUUUGCCCAAUAUUAAGCCGAGAAAGUUACGAGUUGAUGGAUUAUUGUCUUAAUCCAACUAGCAAAUGUAUAUAUCUAAGAGAAAAAUUGAAGAUUAUUUGCGAACUUUUGAAAAAAAAAUUGCAUGAGAAUGAAUUAAAGGAAAAGUGCUAUGAAAGACUUGAGAAAUGUUAUUUUUACGGACCAGCAUGUGAUGAAAAGUGUGAGGAGGAUAAGACGAAAUGCAAGGAAAAAAAUAUUACAUAUAAAGCUCCAGUAUCCGAUUCUAGUCCUGUCGAACCGAAGCCGUCGUUGUUGACAAUGAUUGGGUUGGAUGAUGUGUAUAAAAAGGCUGAAAAAGAAGGAAUUAUUAUUGGAAAAGUAGGAAUGGAUUUACCAAGGAUGUUUGGUGAUCAUUUUCUGCAAGAUGUCUUGUUAGUGUUGAGCAGAUAUGAGCCAGUGAGGGAACUAAAAAAUAAAUGCGAUGAAGCGUUAGAAAAUUGUUAUGAUUCUAAGUAUAUGAAUACUGAUUUUAAAAAGUUAUGCGAUGAUGGAAAUACUAAAAACGCCAAAUGCGAAGAAUUACUAAAUGUAAAUUUAAAAGAAAGAUGUACAAAUCUCAAAUUAAAUCUUUAUCUGAAAGGGUUGUCUACAAAAUAUGAUGAAAAAGCUGAUUCAGAUCAUUUAUUCUGGAGAGAACUGCCAACAUUAUUUACGAAAGGAGAGUGCGCAGAACUUGAGUCGGAAUGUUUCCAUUUAGAAAAGGCGUGUAAAAAUAAUAAGAUUGAUCAAGCGUGUCAAAAUGUAAGAGCAGCGUGCUAUAAAAAGGGACAAGACAGGAUGUUGAAUAAGUUCUUUCAAAAGGAAUUGAGGGUAAUACUUGGUGAUUUAAGAUUUAAUAGUGAAAGUCUUAAAAAAUGUCAAAAAUUUGUGGUAGAAGAGUGCAGAAAACUUGAUAAAAAAUACCUUCCAAAGUGUCUUUAUCCUAAAGAACUAUGUUAUGCGGUUUCAAAUGAUAUUUUUCUUCAAUCCAAAGAGUUAGGUGUGCUUUUGGAUGAUCAAAGGGAUUUUCCAUUAGAAAAGGACUGUAUUAAAUUGAAAGAGGAUUGUGAAGGUGUUUUGAAAGAUUUAGGUUUAAAUAAUGGGAAAUGCGUUACAUUGAAAGAGCGAUGUGAAUAUUUUAAAGUUAGAAAAGAACUGAAAUAUGCGUUUUUGAAAGAAAAAAGUGAUGCAUUAGCGGAUAAUGAAAAAUGCAUGAAAGCCUUGAAGGAUAAAUGUGGUAAAUUACUUAAAGGUGGAGUGGGGGGGGGGGGGGGGGGGGUUAUAUCAUCUAAGAAUCAUUGUAAUAUUUUUAAAAAUAACGUGGAAAAGCAUGGAAUUUUGAAUAAAACCAAAAAUUUAAAUGAAACAUUGGUUGAAGAAACCUGCGUGCUAUGGGAUCCAUAUUGUGAUCAACUUAUGGAAAAUUGUCCAGAGACAUUAAAAAAUAAUUCCAAUAGCACUGAUAAAAAAGGAGUCUGUUUACAACUGAAAGAGAACUGCAAGCCAUUCUGGGAGAAAAAACGAUUGGAAGAUGAACUAGCUUAUCUCUUGAGAGGCAAUUUAGGAGAUGUAAGUAAAUGUAAAGAAACCUUAGGAAAGUAUUGCACCGAAUGGAAAGCAGUAUCAAAUGAAAUAUUCAAUGCUUUGCUUGGUAAUUGUAAUGAUACUACCAAGGUAGAUGUCUGCAAAAAAUUAGUUGGAAAAGUACAGAAGAUAUGUUCUACUUUAAAAACCAAUAUGGUGAAAGUGGAAGAGUUGGAAAACAAGAGGGAUGAAUACGAAGAGGCGGAACUGGUGGCAAAAGAAUCUACGAAAGCAGCUAAGUUAUUGCUAUCAAAGCCUGGACAAGCCGUAACGCCAAGCGCGCAGAAUAGCAGUGGUUCUGUACCAGCACAGCCACCACCACUACAAGAUGAAACAUCCGAUACAUCAAGUGGAACACCAAACACACAAGGUGAAACGACAAAGAAUGCAAAACUCGGACUCGUUAAAAGAGCGUAUGUAGCUGAAGAACUUCCAGAAGCAGAGCUAAAAGCAUUUAAUGCAACGAUGAUAGCAUUGGAGUUGUAUUUGGAAUUAAAAGAGGAAUGUGAACCUUUAGAACUAAAUUGCAAUUUUAGAGAGGAUUGUUCGGAUUCUAAAAGAAUAUGUAGAAGAGUAGACAUGUUAUGUAAACUGGAACCAUUAGAAAUUACACCUCAUCAUACAGAGAAAACAACAGUUACGAUGACGGAAACAAAAACCAUUACGAUGACGGAAACAAAACCCAUUACGAUGAUUAUUACGACGGCUACUAUAACCAAUUCAAUAGGUGGAGAAGUAAUACGACAGUGUACAUUGCUACGGAUAAUGGAUACAUGGGUGACGAAUACGAUAACGAACACGUCGAUAGUGACGUCAACACUGAUGUCAACAGUCACGUCGACCUCGAUGCUCAGGUGCCAACCUACAGAAUGUACUACUGAUUCAAACAAAGAGACAGAUAAAGGAGGACUAGAAGAAGUGAUCCCGGGUGAAGGGAUGAAAAUAAGAGUCCCUGAUAUGAUUAAAAUAAUGUUGUUGGGAGUGAUUGUUAUGGGGAUGAUGUAAAUGAAU